AUGGUCAGCUCUGGAGUUGGAUCUUUCGCUGAUAAUUCAGAGUUUGGAUGGAUCCUAAAUUGGCAGAAGUAUUCCGAGGUUCCUUCUUUUCGUCUGGAGUAUCUGGGUCUCAUCUUGGAUUCCAGUGUGGCCAGGGUGUUUGUUCCUCAGAAGAAGCUGCAGAAUUUGUGUAUACAACCAAUUUUUGAAGAUACUGUAAAUGAAGACGACAUAGAAAUCUUAUCAGGAGAAACCAAUACGGUACCCAUGCUGCAGCCUCGUGGGAGGAAACUGGAGAUGCCUAUCAAGAUACAGACAGAACAGUUUAAACUAGCUGUGGAAUAUCUGAUAGAGUUUGGAUAUCUUCCUGAUGACAAUCUCACUGACUAUGAUGUUCCUGACGCACCAUUUAUCACAGAACAUCAGAUUCCUGAAGAGUUUAUUAGUGGUCUGGAAUGGUUUCAGAGACAAAAUGGACUGAAUGUAACAGGUAAACUAGAUGAACAAACUACUGAAGCAAUGAAAUUGCCUCGUUGCGGGAAGCAUGAACAGAGAAUGGCGUACAAUAGAGGAGCCAGGUGGAAGACAGAUAUGUUAACUUACAAAAUUAUUAACACUACAGCCAAGUUGCAAACUGGACUAGUCAGAGAUGAGCUAGUUAAAGCCAUAAAGGUUUGGGAGUCUGCAUCGCCACUCAAAUUUGUGGAAGUGAAUGUUAACCAAACAGCUGACAUUGACAUCUUUUUUGUAUCUGGUCUGCAUAAUGAUGGUGAAAGGAAUGCCUUUGAUGGCCCAGGUCGUGUCCUAGGCCAUGCCUUCAUGCCACCAUUCAGCAAAAGCAAGAAAUCCAUUGAUGGGGACUUACAUCUUGACAAUGAUGAAAAGUGGACAAUCAAUGAAAAAAAAGGGGUGAACCUUCUGCAAGCUGCUGCACAUGAACUUGGACAUUCCUUGGGUCUCGAGCACUCCACCAUUCCCGGGGCUCUGAUGGCACCAACUUACAAAGGAUACAAGCCAUUAUUUGAACUUCAUCCAGAUGAUAUUGAAGCCAUUCAGGCACUGUAUGGAAAACCUACAGCAAAGAAAAAUUCAAGCUCAAGUUCUCCUGAAGGCAGUUCCAAAGUUGUCACACCUGGUCCUGGGAAAAAGAAUAUCACUGCCAGCGCAACAUUAUCAGACAAUAAGGAUCCUAAAAAGCAGUCUAUAAUCAAGUUGUGUGGAGAUGAAGAAAUUGAUACUUUUGUAUCCACCAAAGAUGGUGCAAUUUAUGUAUUCAAAGGUGAAUAUUUCUGGGACCUUAGCCAUGGCAAACUGCCAAUGGCACCAAAGAAAAAACACCCGCAGCUGAUAUCUUCUAAAUGGAAAGAGCUCCCAGCUUCCAUUGAUGCUGCAAUAAGGAUGCAAAACCCAGUUGCUGACCAAGAUGGAAAAAUCUUCUUUUUCAAGGGAACUAAAUAUUGGAAGUAUGAAAAUGAUAAAAUUGAAGCAGGCUAUCCAAAAGCGAUAAAAGAAGGAUUUCCUGGUAUUCCACACAGCGUAGAUGCUGCAUUCACUCAGCCUGCCAUUGUAGCUAAGGGAGGUAAAGUUAUUCGGGAAGAGAGGAUAUUUUUUAUCAAAGGAAAAAAAUACUUCUUGUAUGACCCAGUCAGCGGAAAUAGCACAAAACCAGAGUCACUGGAAGAAGACUGGUUUGGCGUGAAACUACCAAUUACUGCUGCACUGAGCCUGAAGAAUGAGAUGUACCUCAUUGGCAGAAAAAAGUUCCAGAAAAUUCUAAUGCUCACCUACUCACAUAAUCGGGUAUAUGGCCAGAUUCAGCAAGCUAAACCUUUGAACCAACUGCUUCUAUGCGAGUCUACUAAACCAUAG